AAAAAAAUACAUACUGCAUUUUAGUAUUUACAUGACAUUAUUAUUAUUAUUAUAUUUUAAUUGUAAUUUAAAGGGAGAAAAACCAGUGUACAGUAUUAGGAGCGACAAGAGGAAGAAGAAGAAGAAAGGUUGUGUUGAUUUUGCAAAUUGAGGAUGCUAAAUCCAAUUCGAAGGUAUGCCGCCAUUCCCAAUUUGUAUGGUCAUUUCCGACGCCAUUAUGCGAAGAAAUUAUUAUCUUGUGGCUUUAACAAUAAUGUAGAUGAUGCCGUUACUUGUUUCAAUCGCAUGAUUCGUGCUCUUCCUCCACCACCCAUUUCUCAUUUUGACAAACUUUUAGGUGCUAUUGUCAGGAUGGGACAUUAUCCCACUGCUAUUUCACUCUUUACUCAACUUCAAUUUAGGGGAGGAGAUAUCUCCCCUUCAAUUGCUACUUUCACCAUCUUGAUCAAUUGUUACUGUCAUCAAUCUCACAUGACUUUAGCUUUUUCAUUAUUGGGUACCAUUCUCAAGACUGGCUAUCAACCUAAUUUGGUCACUUUCAAUACAAUUAUCAAUGGUUUUUGUGUCAAUGGUAUGAUCUUUAAAGCUUUAAACUUUUAUCAAAACCUAUUAGCCCAAGGUUAUCUUUUUGAUCAAUUUACAUAUGGGACUUUAAUCAAUGGGUUAUGCAAAAAUCGCCAAAUUACAGCUGCCCUUCAUUUGCUACAAGAGAUGGAGGAACAAUCCAUUCAACCCAAUCUAGUAAUGUUUAGUGCACUCAUUGAUGGACUGUGCAAAGAUGGACUUGUCACCGAUGCACUUAGUUUGUCUUCUCGAAUUGCUGACAGGGGAAUUUUACUUGAUGUUGUCACAUACAACUCUCUAAUUGAUGGUUGUUGUAGUCUGGGUCGAUGGCAAGAUGUAAAUCAAUUACUAACCAAAAUGGUGCGGGAAAAAAUUGAUCCGGACGAUUAUACCUUUAACAUAUUGAUUGAUGCAUUAUGUAAACAAGGAAGGAUCUUAGAAGCACAAGGUGUGCUUGUGAUGAUGAUGAAAAGAGGCGAGAAACCUGACGUUGUUACUUACAAUGCUAUGAUGGAUGGGUAUUGUUUAAGAAAAAAUGUUAAUGAUGCAAAAGAACUAUUCAAUAGAAUGGUCAAAAGAGGUUUGGAACCUGAUGUCUUGAAUUAUAAUGUCUUGAUUAACGGUUAUUGUAAGGCUGAAAUGGUUGAUGAAGCCAUGGUUCUCUUUAAAGAGAUAUGUCAUAAAAAUUUAGUCCCUUCUAUUGCUACUUACAAUUCUCUUAUUGAUGGCUUGUGCAAUUCGGGAAGAAUAUCAGACGUGCAAGAUCUUCUUGGUGAAAUGCGUGAUAGUGGUCAAUCCCCUGACGUUAUCACUUACAAUAUAUUGUUAGAUGCUUUUUGCAAAACUCGACCUUUUGAUGAGGCAAUCUCUUUAUUUCGGAAGACUGUUCAAGGAAUUUGGCCUGAUUUUUACACAAACUGUGCGAUUGUUGAUAAUUUGUGCAAAAGUGAAAAGUUGAAGAUUGCAGAAGAUGCUAUUCAACAUCUUUUGAUGCAUGGCUGUCCUCCAAAUGUACGAACAUAUACUAUUAUGAUCAAUGCAUUUUGCAAAGAUGACUCUUUGGAUGAAGCUAUGGUCUUACUUUCCAAAAUGGAUGACAAUGAUUGCCCCCCUGAUGCUGUAACUUUUGAAACAAUUAUUGGUGCACUGCUAGAGAAAAAUGAGACUGAUAAGGCAGAGAAACUUUGUCAAGAAAUGAUUGCCAGAGGUCUAGUUAAUGUUGAAAAAAGGUUGAUGCGUGGACAGGGAGGGAGUUUGUGAUGGAUGAACUUGUCAUUUAUGUUCUAUUUUCAUACGACAACCAGUGCGAGUCAAGAUUUGCAUGUGUGGGCCAAUCUAGACUGUGAAGGUCGAAACAGUUAUGCAAGCAGAAUAUAGACUUUCCAAUGUCAAAUAUUGGAUUUUAUGUGGUCAGUGGUUGAUUGGAGUCAAGCAUCAACCAGAGUUACACUGUAUUCUUCCCUGCCAGUUCUGGCCUUCAAUCUGGUAGCCUUCUCUGCUUCCAUUAUUCUCAUGACCUUUACUCUACCCUGCAUUUUUCCUUUCCUCUAAGCUAGUAAAUACUGCAUUUGAUUGCUUUCAAUUAGAUGGUCUCAUGUUUUUUACACGUUUCAUUCAUAAAAAGUAAAACCUGAGGAUUAGAUUUGUUAUGAUGCAUGUGAUGUGCUAUUUACUUGUAGGCUCACUUUAUUCUGAGAAAGCUUCACCUUUUGAGCUAAAAUCCUGUGAUCCGUCGUAUUCUCUGGAGAAAUGCACUCCCAUCACCAAGGAAAGCGUAGAUUACUUGAUUUCUCAUCCCUGGAGCUUGUGAAGAUUCAGUGCAUUGCCUCUUUGACUUUGCCCGAGAUAUGUGAGCAUUGAGCAGCAGAUUUGGAGUUCGACUAACUAGAAACGUCCAGCAUAGUAGCUGCUUGGAAUCCCGGCAACAAAACAAAACAAUGCUUAUAAUGUAAAAACAACCCAAAUAAACCAUAAAAAAGGAUUAUUGAGAAGCAGGUAAUAAAUUUGAUUCGUUUUUAAUGCUUUUCUAGUAAAUAAAAUGAUAUACUCCGGAGGAAGAAUAGCUUUGAGGUUCUGUGAACUUGUGAGAGGACCCAGGAGUUAACAUAGAAUAUUCAUUCAUUUAUUUGUAGGUAUUUGUUUAUUUUGUUUGUAUAGCAUGCUCAGGACAAUGGUGUGUACUGAUUAAAAUAAUAAAUAGAUCCGUUGCGACUUGUGAAUGUAACUCCAGUUCUGUAAUUUGAGUUCUCAAUAACACUUUUGGUAGACAUAAAAUCGCAUCUAAUUCACUGAUUCACACUUGCUUUUCAUACUGAUUGGAUUUUGUAGGCUGUACAGGUUAUUUACAUUUUUCUGUAGCGUCGUAUGAUAUGUUACCAUUAUUCUUUGACUGCCUAAUCAGAACUGGAGGUAUCUGGCUUCAUGGAAGAAUAGAAAAGUUCAUUCAUGGUUUUCUCAAUUCUAGUUCUGCCUGUCUUUUACACAGAAAAGGAUUCUCUCAAUUUUUUCACAUGUUUUCUCAAGUUUUAAAUCUCAACUCUUAACUAAUAUUUCUUUCUCUCUUUUUCAACAUGAGAGGAUCCUAGUCGCUUUUACACCAUGAUUCUUUAAAAAAAUAUUGUCAUAUUUUUUUCAGGAACUUUAAGAUUCAUGGAAAAAGCUAGUAUUAGUCCGCCUUCUUUCAGUAAUGUUUGGCCGAGUACCUGAAAAAAAUAAAUCAUUUUUCACCAAGCCGUUCAAUCAUCUCUUUUGUGUAAGGGGUCUGUUUUUCUCAUCCUCAACAUUGGUUCAGAUUUAUGGUUCCGGAAAAAUCAGUAAAUUUAUAGUAGUGUUUACACUUUAGAUUCUCUAUUAAAUUGUACGGUCUUAGUGCACACUUUUGAAAACGAGAAUUGCUAAAUAGUACGAGUAACUUACGCAAGAAAAGACAGAACAUAGUGUGUUUCUAUUUUAAAGAAAUAAAAAAAAUAAAAUAUAAAGUCCAUGCUUUGCGGAAACACUAUCGCAUGUUUCUUUUUUGUGGAUUCGUACCAAUGAUCAUUUUCCUUUCAAAAAUAUACUUUCGGACUAUAAAUAAUAAUUGUACUUUUUGUCUAGAAGUAGCCGCAAGACACUAUCUCACAUUCAACAAUACACAGUAAGAAUGCAAGAUUGUAAUAAUUGUAACUGUAAUAUACUUAACCGUAACGUCUCCCUAAACCUAAACUCACCAAAUUCAUAGCCAAAAAAAAUGACCUCAAGGACAGGUUAUCUCAGCAUAUGCUCAUAAGCAUUCUAUCAAUUUAUAUAUCUAAAUUAUAUUCAAAAUUUAAUAUUGCAAAAGAAUAAAAAAUUCACGUGAGAAACAUUUGUGUUAAAUAUCUGCCAAUGCAGGUCCAAAAUGAUAAUUGCAGUAGAAGAAUUAAGAUAACAGAAAAAAUGAUCUAUUACUACCUGCACAGACAAUAGUACUUGUGUAUAAAUGAAAGACAAGAGAACAACCAAAUUAAAGGGAUAAAAACGAGAAGAAAAGUUGCAAGUUGCAACAUUACAAGCCCUUGAAAAAAAACCCAAAGAUCAUCCCUAACGGCAGCAGA